GCGUAGAAAAUGUUGAAAGAAGCACUUGGUUCCUUAUUAAGGCGAAGAUACAAUAUUUAUUCCGUGUCUCCUGGGAUGCUCCGCUCCGUCUAUUGUCCUCCCAUUCCUCAGUGCUGAUGCUUAAUUUUCAAAACUUCUAUAUUACCAAGGGACCUACGACAUCAGCCGAGAAAUACCCUGCAAGUACAAAAUCCGUGCGCCAGCCCCGUCCGUGCAGAGGGGAGACGCUCGCGUUCCGCCAGCUUUCUACCGUUACCGAGAGCGCGCGAGGGGGGACUUUUCCAUUUCUCUCGCUUUUUGAGGAUUUUAAGGCAUUUUUAUUAUUAUUCGAUCGGGCCAGAGAGGAGCGGGAAAAAAAAGGGUUACUUUGGAGAAAGCACAAUGUCAGCGACCUUCCCCGGACUUGUCCACGACGCAGAGAUACGUCACGACGGAUCAAACAGCUACCGGCUCAUGCAGCUCGGCUGUCUGGAGUCCGUGGCCAACUCCUCGGUCGCCUACUCCUCCUCCUCCCCGCUCACCUACCCGGCUCCGGCGGGGACGGAGUUCGCCUCGCCCUAUUUCUCGGCCAACCACCAGUACACUCCCCUGCACCACCAGUCCUUCCACUACGAGUUCCAGCAUUCUCACCCGGCCGUGGCCCCGGAGGCCUACGGGCUGAACUCGCUGCACUCGGGCCAGUACUACCAGCAGAUCCACCACGGGGAGCCCGCGGACUUCAUCAACCUGCACAACGCGCGCUCGGCCCUCAAGUCCUCGUGCCUGGACGAGCAGCAGCGGCGCGAGCUGGGCUGCCUCGACGCUUACCGGCGCCAUGACCUGUCGCUGAUGACGUCACACGGCUCGCAGGCCUACGGCGUCGGUAUGCACCAUCCGGACCAGAGGCUGCUGCCCGCCGCCGGCCUCGGUCUCCCUUCGGCCGCGGCGGACGACCUGCAGGGCUCCGUGGAAGCGCAGUGUGGGCUCGUGCUGAACGGCCAAGGGGGCGUCAUCCGGAGAGGGGGAACGUGUGUGGUGAAUCCUACAGAUCUGUUCUGCUCGGUACCGGGCCGACUGUCGCUGCUCAGCUCCACCUCCAAGUACAAAGUGACCAUCGCUGAGGUGAAAAGAAGACUGUCCCCGCCAGAGUGCCUCAACGCCUCCCUACUGGGCGGCAUCCUGCGCAGAGCGAAGUCUAAGAAUGGAGGCCGGUGUCUUCGGGAGAAAUUAGACCGGCUGGGCCUCAACCUGCCUGCAGGACGGAGGAAAGCUGCCAACGUCACACUGCUCACCUCCCUGGUGGAAGGUGAGGCGCUCCACCUGGCGAGGGACUUUGGCUACACCUGUGAGACAGAGUUUCCCAGUAAGGCAGUGGGGGAACAUUUGGCGAGGCAGCACAGCGAGCCAAAAGAAACCAGCGCACGCAAGAAAAUGGUUCUGGCUACAAAGCAAAUCUGUAAGGAAUUCCAGGACUUGUUGAGCCAAGAUCGUUCUCCUUUGGGCUCCUCCAGACCGACCCCCAUCCUGGAUCUGGACAUCCAGAGACAUCUCACACACUUCAGUCUGAUCACUCACGGCUUCGGCACGCCGGCGGUAUGUGCAGCUCUCAGCACCUUCCAGACAGUCCUGAGCGAGAUGCUCAACUACCUGGACAAAAACUCGAGCGGGAAAGCAAGUGGGCCCACCGACCAACAGAUCAACAACAGCUCAGAAAAGUCGCAGCUCCGGAAAACAGCUGAGCCCCAGAGCAAAGACGGGAAAACAGAAAAGACUGAGUAGCCCCCGCCCACUGGGUCCCCGUGCCUUGGAGCGCUGCAUUUAGGAGUGUGUGUGUGGGUGUGCAUGUGUGUGUGUGAGGAUUUGUUAAUUCCCACACAUAACUUUGUCUUCUUUGGGACAGUUCAUAUUUAUUGUUAUUUAUUUAUCUUAUGUUGAAAUGUAACACUAACCGAAGUGUCCCAAACAAGACAUCCUCAUUUGUGAGUGAAAAUAAGUCCUCCAGUGUGAGUGUGUGUCCUGACGAGGAGGAGCCUCGCCAUGGAGACGGCUGUGACUCAUCCAAGACUUUCUUUGUUUAUUUAUUCAUUCUGAAAACAUGAAGCAAAUAUCACAGUUUUUCAGGACAGGGAAGGUAACUGCCAACACAAUGACACAGAUUAUACACACAAAUUAGGUGUUGGGGGCAAUUUGAUGUCAAUCCAGAUAAUUCAGGUGUGCAUAUUCUGCAAAAACACAAACCUCUUGUUUUGCAAUAAAUUAUUAAGACAAAUUUCUGAUAUCAAGCACAAAAGUGCCAGUUUUGCUUCAAUUUUCAGCUGUCCAAAAAUUGAAGACAACCCUGACACAGAUAUACACACACAUACCAACACACACAUACACCCCCUGUACUCUCCAGAGCACUUGACCCACAUCAAGCAUACAUAUUUUUAUGCCGUACAAUCAGUGCCAUAGCAACCUGUGUGUUUACCAUGUGGAUGACAGAGAAAAAGAGGCUGUUUCUGGAGGUGCCACUGCCUGGGGUAGGCUACACUGUGGUGUGUGUGUGUGUGCGUGUGUGUGUGUGUGUGUGUGUGUGUGUGCGAGAGAGAUAAAAAGAAUGAAAGCGAGAGAGAAGGGUCCAACUCAGCCAUUUUGUAAAAGGUGACUUUGCGGUUGCCGUCGUUACUCUUCCCUGUGCAUGUCUAUCUUUGUACACUCCCCAGAUCGCAAGUUUAGCCAACACGAGCUCUCUGACCCGCUCAUGAACAUUUGUAAAGAUAUAUAUAAAAAUUUAAAUUACUUUUCUUGUAGGCUUUCAACUAUAUAUAUGUUAAAUCCCUACCUUCUAAAAUGCUGGUGUUCAAUAAAGACAGUUGCUACGUGUUCUACAA